AAUAUCAUGAAUAUUAGAGUAGUUAAAGAGUAAUAGUUUCACGAAACAUAAUAAAUAUAUUCAAUAUUUAUAUAAUAUCAACUGUGCUCGUAAUUAACUUUAGAAUAAGUUAAUCGGACAACAUUUUAAAUUUUACAGUACAGUUACUACAGUUUAAAAUAUAAAUCAAAUUAAUAGCUAUUAUAUUUAUAAGUUUAGAAUUUAUAUAGGUAAUAAUACAUAUAAGAAUAGGUUUUUCCCGAUGUCUGAUAUUAAUUAGAAUCUAAUAUCUAUAUUCAUUAUUUUUAAUAUUUUUUAAAUUUUAUUUUACAUUAAAAUUUUUAAAUAUGUGUGAGAUUACUUCUGAGAAUUUUUAUUCCAAAUUACCAGUCAUCGAAGACGCAAUCAAAGAAUCUGCUUUUAUUAGCUUAGAUAUGGAAUUUUCCAAACUAUAUGACAAUGUAUCAAAACCAUUUAGUUUCUUUGAUACAACAGAAGAACGAUACAAAAAAUUGCGCCAACAAGUAUCUGAUAUAACCUGUAUACAGUUAGGUUUAGCCAUUUAUGUUUAUGAUGCUAAUAACAGAACAUUUGGCGUGAGCACUUACUCAUUUUAUACCUACCCUACGACAUUUUAUAAAUCUGAUAGUGUGGUUAAUUUUCAAACAUCAUGCAUUGAAUUUUUAUCUAAAUUUAAUUUUGAUUUUAAUAAGUUGUUUCAUAGCAGAGUACCAUAUUUAACUAAUGAACAGGAAUUGAAAAUUAAAUCAGAUAUGUUGGAUGAAUUAUUUUUUGACAAAUAUUUUGAAACUAAUUUAAAAUUUCGUACCAUUGAAGAAGAAUUAAUGAAAAUAUUAAAAAUUGUUUCCGAAUGGUAUGAUACAGCCAAUUAUGGAGAUCAGACAUUUUUAGAAAUAAAUGGAUGUAAUGAACCUGCAUAUAUUAUCUUGAUGCAAUAUUAUAUUUUGAAAAAGUUAAAAUAUAUACUCAUAGAUGAAAACCAAUUAGGAUUAAAUAUUACAAAAAUUAAAGGUAAUAUUAACUCAGAAACAUUAAACAGUGCAAUUACCGAAAAUUUAAAACUGAGUUUAUUAAAUAAAAUGAUGGGUAUCAAACAUUUAAUAAACCUAAUAUCAAAAUUGAAGAAACCAAUAAUUGGGCAUAACUGUUCUUUAGAUAUUUUAAUUUUAUACAAUCAAUUUUUCACACCUCUACCUGAAAACUUAAAAGAUUUUCAAAAUUUUAUAUUUAACAAUUUUGGUCCAAUUUAUGAUACUAAAUUAUUAUGUAAGGAAGUUAAACGCAUAGUAUCUACAAAUGAUAAGUGGAUGGGAAGUUCUCUAUCAGAAAUAUAUUCAUAUUUAAAAGAUGGAGAAGGCAAAAGAUAUUCAAAUACUAUAAGUAUUCAAUUGAUUGGUAUUGAAGAACCGCAAGAUAUGAAAUUGCAUCAUGCUGGAUGGGAUGCCUAUUACACUGGUUAUUGUUUUGUUAAAAUGAUUCACAUUAUUAAAAGCUUUUCUUGUAAAAAUGAAAAAACAAAUUUAAGAUAUACCUUAACAGAACUUUUCAAAUCAAUAGAAUUUUCUAAAAACAAGUUAUUCACAAGUCGAUCAAUAUCAAAUAUUUUGGAUUUAGAAACCAAUGAACAUAAUAAUCAGACAAAUUAUUUAAUUAUUCAGAACAAAGGAACUUUUUACAAAGCUUUGGAUUUAAAAAAACUUAAAUAUGAUCUCAAACAAAUUUGUAAUUUUGAUAUAAAAUUACUUUCAAGCUAUACUGCAUUGGUUGCCUUCCCUUACAUGCAUAGCCGUCUUAUUUAUGCACUAAAAACAAACUACAAUGUGGAAAAUUAUACAAUUUAUCAAAAGAAAAAAAGAAACAAACAAAUUAUUGGGUUCAGUUUAGUUAUGAUAACUGUUAGUGUAACAAUUAUAAAAUAUUUAAGGAAAUAAUUAAGAUAUAAACAAAUUUUUAUACUCAUUCAAAAACACUAAAAGCAUAAUAUAUUAAAUAAAAGAAGCAUUAAAGUUCACACUCAUUGCAAGGUUGAAGUUAAAAUACAGCCAGAUUCAAUUUAUCGUUACAAAGGAAGACAAUAGCAUUUUAUGCUAACUCUGCUAUAUGACCAGUAUGUUAUGUCAGAAAAGAAUACUUCAUAAAAAUCCCAGCUCUUCUUUCUUUUAGUUUAUGUCCAGGUAAGGACUAUUUUUCAAGUACAGUAGAACUCUGAUUAUCCAGACUAAUUAAUGUCAAGGGUGGUCCGGAUGAUUGACAUGGCAUAUCAAAAGUUAUAUAAUUGUAUGUACGACAUAUGUAUUUAUUAUAAUAUUUAACUGAAACAAAACAAACUUUAAUUAUAAUAUGUGACAUAUUUUAAAAUAAAAAAAAACUGACUUGGCACUUAAUUUUUUUUUCUCGUCCGAUCGA